AUGUCUUCUACAGAGCUCAUACGGAUUGCGUUACUCAUAUUUGUAAUCAGGGUUAGCGCUACGACCGAUACUGCUACCACCCCAUCACAGCUAUGGACUCUGGAAGAUUGGACGACAGAACCAGAAGACAUCACCGAAGUGUCACGGACGUCGACAUCCAGUAAUACCACAGCUAUCUCUACCGUCAGUGAGGAUGGGAUAGGUCAGGAUCGGGACACUCUGGCCUCUUGGGUUUGGAAUCCGAUCCAAUGGACCUGGGUCUUGAUCCUGCAGCUGCUGUUCGCCAUCAUCGGUAUAAUCGGUAACUUUCUAGUCUUAAUGGUCCUGUUCAAGAGGCGAAAGUAUUGUAGAACGACCGACACUUUGAUCGCAGCUCUGGCCACUGCGGACUUCCUCACUUCUGUGUUCCUGAUCCCGGUCCCAAGGCAUGAAAGGAUCCCUGAUACCUGGGCCGGAUAUGCCUACUGCAAAAUAAUCUACCCCAAUUUUCCGAUGUGGGUGUGUAUAACUAGUUCUAUCUAUACCUUGAUGGCCAUCGCCAUAGAACGAUUCGUCGCCGUGGUCUUUCCUCUCUACUUCAGUCGUACCUUAACAAGACGAACCGUGUCUAUCUGGGUCAUCAUCAUCUGGAUUGCUUCGUUCUUGUCCGGCCUUCGAGGGAUCAUCCUCUUCCGGGUCAACAAACAAACCAACAGAUGCAUCAUCACCUACCGGAACGACACGGAAAAGAUCGCCUAUGGAUGCUUUGUUUUCGCUAUCCGCAUUGUCAUACCCACUCUGACCAUGUUGAUCACCCAGACCAUCAUCGCUGUCACCCUUCAUCGCCAAUCAACCAGGUUCCUUAACGGCUCCAACGACAACAACAACCAAGCCACGUUCCACGUGACUGCUAAGAACCGCAUCCUCAAGUUGAUGCUGAUCGUCAUCCUCAUCUAUGUUCUCUGCUGGAGCCCUAACCAGAUCGCUUUCCUCGGUUACAACCUUGGUUUGGUCCCGACGUCAUACCGGUACAGCAGUCUCAACAGUAUCUUCACUCUCCUCGGCUUCUUCAACUCCUGUGCCAAUCCCAUCAUUUAUACGGCUCGCCAUCCAGAAUUCAGAAAGGCUAUCAAGGCACUGUUCUUCUCCGGAACGAUCAAGCCACAUUCGCUCUUCAGCCAUGGAGACGCUGAAACCAGUGUUACAACCCUGAGGAAAAGUGAGGCUCAAGAAGACUAG